GUAGUUGAUUUAUUUUCGAUAUGGAAUUUUUAGAUUUUCCACCCGUCCCUUAUCGCACAAAAAUUAUUUUCUAAUCCAUCAACGCUAAGCCAAUUUUCAUCUAGCUUACUCAAACUAAUCCCAAUCACGCAUCUCCGACGGAAUUGGUCACAUGAUUCCCUCCGCUUCAACCAGGGACGAGCUCAACUCCUUUCCCUAGACGCCUCUACUUAUUGCUUGUGCUCCCCCGCCCACGUCAACCCUUUAAUAAAUAUAUUUGAGUCAGAACCAAACAUUGAUAACUUUCAUUCAUUCCUCAUUCUCUAUUUAACAUUUCUACUUUCCCUCAGGAAAUUUGCAAAAGAGAAACUUCCAUUAAACGAUUUAACAAUCACGAGGUCUGAAUCUAUCAACGAAGAAAAGUUUUGUUGCAUAUCUCAUUUGAGGAGGAGGAUUCGCAAAUUUCUAGACCGGUCAAAGGGUCUCUCUCGCCAAUUUUACACAUCUCAACCACCACCCCACCUAUUUCUUAUUGGUAACCUACAUUUUGAUCUCCGCGAUCUGUUUAUUUCAUUCUAUUCAAUUAUUUCAUCAUUAGAAGAAAUCAUGGGUUCUCUUCCGAGAGAGUUUUCUGCUCCGCCUCAAAAGGUUGUCUUCAAGGGGUUCCUUUUCGAUAUGGAUGGUACUAUUAUUGAUAGUACCGAUGCUAUCGUUAAGCAUUGGCAUCAGUAAGAUUACCCUUGUCAGGAUUAAUGAUGAGAACCUUUAAAUAACAAAGAUUCUCAGAUUAGGAAACGAAAUAGGAGUAGAUCCUAAUGUCAUUUUACAGACAAGUCAUGGAAGAAGAAGUAUUGAUGUCUUGAAGGCUAUUGCUCCAGAGAAAGCAAAUUGGGAUUGUAAGCUCAAGACUUGGCUUCCCUUUCACCUCAGACUUCAAAUCCCAUCUACUGGUUUCAUUUCCUGCAUCUUUCCUCUGCCGAGCAUGAACUUUUCUGUUCUGGUUACCCCCUCGACCUAUCAGCGAGACAUCUAGAAGAUGAUUAGAAACUCCUAGUUUGAUUUUGGAUUUCAUUUCAUACCAAUGGGCAACAGGGGAUAAUGCAAAUGAGUCGAGUUUUAAAUCCAAGUGGAAUCUGUACUCUGUCCAAAUGCUAAAUUUGGACCUGUUGAGGGAACAGGCCCCUUAACGACUUGUGCAUUUAUCUUCCCGACCCCACGUAUACUUCUCACUCUGAGGUCCCCUUAUCCAACUUGAUUUACCACCAUGAUACCAUAGAACUAGAUUUAACACCCAUUUUUAAACGAUGAUCACUAACAUCUUAAAUCAGACGUAAAGUAUAUGGAAGGUCUUCUUCCUAAAAACUAUGGCGAUGACGCCGUCGAAAUCCCAGGUGCUCGUUCCCUUCUCGACUCACUAACCACUGGAAAUCAUCCCUGGGCCAUCGUAACAUCCGGUACUUCACCACUCGUUACCGGUUGGCUCAAUGUCCUAAAACUACCUAUACCCGAACAUCUAGUCGUUGCCGAGGAUGUUCCGAAUGGAAAACCUGAUCCAAGUUUGUAUUCCCCCCUCCAAUUGCUGCCACAAACUAACACCACCAAGCAUGCUACAACAUGGGAAAAUCAAAAUUGAACCUCGAAAAUGCUCCCCAAGGUUCCAUCCUCGUCCUAGAAGAUAGUCCGGCCGGUAUCCGCGCUGGGAAAGCAGCAGGAUGUAAAGUUCUAGCUGUAGUUACUACACACACUAUCGAACAAGUAAUUGAAGCUGGUGCUGACUGGGUUGUAAAAGACUUGUUGAGUUUGAAAGUUGUCGGAAAGACUGAUGAGGGCAUUGAGUUGGAGAUUUCUAAUGCAUUGAUUUAAAUGGAUUAUUUCAAUAGAAUUUGGGCAUGGAGCAUAUAGAUAAGAGCCCUCUAGAGGAUGGUAUUAAGAUUAUAGAAUGCGAAUACGUACUUAUAGAUAGAACUGGGAUGGCAAAUGAAUACAAACUAUACAAAAAGCACACUCGGCAAG